GAAGGAGGUGCGAUGAAGAAGCUUGUGUUCUUGAUAGCACUGUUGAGGGGCUGCUUGGGGUCUCCUGAAGAUCUACAAGGGAAAGCCUUCAGCUUUCCAGAGGAUUCUGGCACUGCCCAUGUAAAGCUCACAACUGAUAAAGAGGAGCCACUCGAAGCUGUGACCGUCUGCCUACGAUACAUCUCUGACCUGACCCGUGCACAGUCCCUCUUUUCUCUUGCCACACCAUCUCAAGACAACGCCUUUCUCUUCUUUAUACCAAAGCCAGGACUUUACUCACCAGAAGUUGGUCAGAAAGAGAUUGGUUUUAUGGAGGUGUUGGAUAAGAAGGGCCUACCAGGCUGGGUUCAUGCGUGUGUGACCUGGGAGUCGAGUAGCGGUAUGAUCCAGCUAUGGAUCAAUGGGAAAGGGAGUGUAAGGAAAGGGGUAAACAGAGAUAGAUUGCUUCAGGGAAAGCCCAGUGUUAUACUUGGUCAAGAGCAGGAUAGUUAUGGAGGUAAAUUUGACAAGGCACAGUCGUUUGUUGGUCAGAUAUCAGAUGUGCACAUGUGGGACCGUGCACUGUCUCCUUGUGAAAUACAGGCUGCUAAUGAAGGCUCUUCCUUUCAGCCAGGUAAUGUUUUAAACUGGGCAGCAUUACAGUACACCAUGCAUGGGUAUGUGCUGCUGGAAAGCAUAGUGCCAACCUGCAACAGCUGUAAUACCGAUAGCAACAACAGAGAGACAGCAUGUUGAAAUACAGGCUGUUAUUAAAGGCUCUGUCUUUUUGAGCCAAGUCAUUUUUCAAACCACGUCACUUGAAAGAUUUUCAGACAGACCAGUGGUUGAAACUGACAUUUUUGCUAGAAUGUAUUAAGCAUGGUACAUAAUAGAAUUACAAUUAAUAUAAAAAAAAACAAUGGAAAAUUCUAGGCACAUAUAAGAAAUAAAAUAUUCAGAAAAUGUAGCUGACAUUUCACUAACAGCAAUCUGAUAUCGACUGCAUGUGCUUUUCUCAUAAUUUGCUGUCUGAAGUAGACUUUAAGAUCCAUUGAACCAUUUCUAUUGUCUAUGAAAAGAUUUUGGCUGUUGGCUUAUUUAGUCAGUAAGUGCUCUUAUAAUCUUCAGUGGCAAUGCAAUGGUUCUGUACAAAGGGGCAAUGGCAGCUCAAUGGAAGAUAUCUGUAGGUAUGAGACAAUGGUACGAGCCAUUGAUACCACAGUGGUAACAUUUUACUAUGUUGACAGACCAAUGAUAUUUCAGAUCACAUUGAUAAUCCCUCUGCACCAGUACGCCACAGUAUCAAGACCCCUCUACUAUACUUUCUUUAAAUCCCUCCCAGAUAGUUUAA